CUCGCAAUACGCACUUGUGUACGGUCGUGUUUUCGCGUCGAAUCCCAGCAUAAUAAAAAUCCAAAACGGUUAAAGUUCAAAAACAUCGUCCCGUCGGUUGUCGUUGCAAUUGAAAUCAAUUGAGUGCAAUUUGCGAGUGCAUAGUUUUUCUUCCAACGAACUGAACAAAAUGUUUGCCUAAGACAAUUUCGUUAAUUAAUCUGUCGCGUGUGUCGCUUGUUUGCCAAGUAAUCAGCGCCAAAAACUAAGUCGCUUCCAUCAACUCCAAUCGAAAACAUAAACAAAGAGGCAGUCAGACAGCGCACCAACUAUGGCCGACGAGAGUCUGCAUACAAUGCCGCUGGAGCACAAUAUAGACUAUCACAUUGUCACAUUGUUUGAGCGCUUGGAGGCGAUGCGCAAAGAUUCGCACGGGAACGCCAUCAACAAUCGACUCUCGAGCACCUUGCAGGCGCCCAAGCGCAGCAUGCAGGCCGAGAUACGCACCCUGGAGUUCUGGAGAUCCAUCAUCAGCGAGUGCCUAGCCUCGUUCCUGUAUGUGUUCAUCGUAUGUGGCGCAGCUGCGGGCGCCGGUGUGGGUGCCAGCGUCUCCUCCGUGCUUCUGGCCACUGCACUCGCCUCCGGCCUGGCGAUGGCAACGUUAACGCAGUGCUUUUUACAUAUAUCGGGCGCUCACAUCAAUCCGGCCGUAACUCUGGCCUGCUGCGUGGUGCGCAGCAUCUCCCCAAUACGAGCUGCCAUGUACAUGACCGCCCAGUGCGGCGGAGGCAUCGCAGGUGCCGCCCUGCUCUACGGUGUCACCGUGCCGGGCUAUCAGGGCAAUCUGCAAGCGGCGAUCUCUCACAGCGCCGCGCUGGCCGCCUGGGAACGCUUUGGAGUGGAAUUCAUACUGACUUUUGUCGUGGUGCUCUGCUAUUUCGUCUCCACCGAUGCCAUUAAGAAGUUCAUGGGCAAUUCGGCGUUCGCCAUCGGCGCGGCAUACAGCGCCUGCUGCUUUGUGUCGAUGCCAUAUCUGAACCCGGCGCGUUCCUUGGGUCCAUCGUUUGUGCUCAACAAAUGGGACAACCAUUGGGUAUACUGGUUCGGUCCGCUCGUUGGCGGCAUGGCCUCUGGCCUGGUAUACGAGUACAUGUUCAGUUCUCGGCGCAGUGGGCGACAUACCAAGGGCAGCAUUGACAACGACUCAAGCUCCAUACACUCCGAGGAUGAGCUCAACUACGACAUGGACAUGGAGAAGCCGAAUAAGUAUCAGCAAUCCCAAGGCACCUAUCCGCGUGGGCAAUCGAAUGGUGGCGGUGCCGCGCCGGUCCAGCAUGCCGCUGCCAACAUGCCGCAAAUGGGCGUGGUCAAUGCAGGCGCUGGCAACUACUGCCAGAAUCUGUACACGGCACCGCCGCUCUCCUCCAAGUACGAACAGCAGCAACAGGAGCCGCUCUAUGGCGGCACUCGCUCGCUCUACUGCCGCUCGCCCACGUUGACCCGCAGCAAUCUGAACCGCUCGCAGUCUGUGUAUGCCAAGAGCAAUACGGCCAUCAAUCGUGACAUUGUGCCACGUCCUGGACCGCUGGUCCCAGCACAAAGCCUCUACCCACUACGCACACAUCAGCAGCAGCAGCAACAGCAGCAGCAGCAGCAACAGCAGCAACAACAGCAUCAGCAGGCAGUCACGGCAACUCAAUCGUCUCAUCUGCAAAACCAGAACGUGCAGAAUCAACUGCAACAGCGUACAGAGAGCAUUUAUGCCAUGCGUGGAUCCAUGCGCGGACAGCAGCAGCCUCUACAGCAACAACAGCAGCAGCAGCAGCAGCAACAGCAGCAGGCGCCAGUUGGCAUGCAGCAGCAGCAACAACAGCAGCAGCAGCAGCAGCAACUGCAUCAAGCACCGCAGCUCAUGUCGGAGCCACAGGCGCAACCACAGGGCUUCCAGCCGGUCUAUGGUUCACGCAACAAUCCCACACCGUUGGAUGGCAAUCACAAGUUCGAGCGUCGGGAUCAGCAGCAGCUCUAUGGCAUGACCGGUCCGCGCAAUCGUGGCCAGUCGGCGCAAUCCGACGAUAGUUCGUAUGGGUCGUAUCAUGGCUCGGCAGUCACGCCGCCAGCGCGUCAUCCCAGCGUGGAGCCCUCCCCGCCGCCGCCUCCCAUGCUGAUGUAUGCGCCUCCGCCUCAACCCAAUGCGGCUCAUCCGCAGCCCAUACGCACGCAAUCGGAGCGCAAGGUGAGCGCACCCGUUGUUGUUUCGCAGCCGGCUACCUGUGCCGUUACCUAUACCACAUCGCAGGUGCCCCCGACGAUCACGACCACAACAACACAGCAGCAGCAGCAGCAGCAGCAACAACAACAACAGCAGCAGCAAAUGAUGAUGCAGCAGCAACAGGCGCAUCAGCAGCAUUAUGGCAUGUUGCCGUUGCGACCGAACUGA